CAUUAGUGAAGAUCGAAGAUGGCGAUCAAAUAUAUGAGCGCAGAACAAUUGGAGGGGUUUGAUGUAUAUAAAUAUAGCUGUGUGGAUACAUCACCGCUCAGCAAGUAUGUUAUGCACCCAUUCUGGAACCUUACUGUGAAGAUUCUGCCGCACUGGCUCGCUCCGAAUCUGAUGACAUUCACGGGAUUCCUGCUGCUCGUUGUAAACUUCGUAGUGCUGUCCUACUAUGACUUCCACUUCUUUGCGAGUAGCGACUACAACCCAGACUACCUGCCUGUGCCUGGCUGGGUGUGGCUCUUCUGCGCCUUCACUAACUUCUUUGCGCACACGUUAGAUGGCUGUGAUGGGAAGCAGGCGAGACGCACUCAGUCGAGCAGUCCUCUAGGAGAGCUGUUCGAUCAUGGCGUAGACAGCUGGGCAACCUCCUUCCUCCCCAUCGCACUGUACUCCGUGUACGGGCGCGCAGACGGGGGCAUGAUACCAUUACGAACAUAUUUUAUCAUUUGGAGUGUGCAGAUAGUAUUUAUAGCGUCCCACUGGGAGAAGUACAUAACAAAGGUUCUCUUCUUGCCGUGGGGCUACGACAUUAGUCAAGUGGCGAUGACGGUGGUGUACGUGAUAACAUUUGCCAAAGGCUACGAGUUCUGGAAGUUUUCCUUCCAUAUAGGUCCCGUAGAAGUUACGGUUCCCGGAAUCGUUGAAGUUGGUGUCUAUACAUUUUCAAUUGGACUUAGUCUGAGCCAGACGCUAUGGAACAUAUACAAGGCCUAUCGCGAUCAGACGGGGAAGAUGCUGAGCUUCUAUGAAGCCAUGAUUCCGCUGCUGCCCGUCACCAUGCUCUUGAUCUUCUCGACGAUGUGGGCGUUCCUCUCACCGACCAACAUCAUGGAGUUGCAGCCGCGCACCUUCUUCUUCUUCACGGGGACGGUCUUCUCCAACAUCACGUGUCGUCUGAUCGUCGCUCAGAUGGCGGGAACACGGGCCGAGAUGUGGAACUGGCUGCUCGUGCCCGUCAUGGUUACCGUGACGACGGUCGUCUUCGUGCCGUCGCUCUAUGACUGGGAGACCUACAUGCUGUAUGCGCUCACCGCCGCCGUCACGCUCUGCCACCUCCACUAUGGCGUGUUCGUGGUCAGACAGAUGGCACAGCAUCUCGGCAUCAGCGUCUUCACCAUACGCAAGAAAGAAGAUUGACAAUUAGCCGACAAUGCAUGCUAAUCUGGGGGACGCGAGGUGUUCCGCAUCACCGGCGACCCUCCGGCGCCCUUCGUUCGACCUCCGCGCACUCGCGGGGGCGCCGCGAGCGUCGGCGGCGGCACCGCGAAGGUUUCUUGUGAUGCGAGACGCCCGAUGUGACCACGGGGGGGAGGCAGCGUUCGGACGCUGAUUGAGCUUGGGAGCUUCCAUGCGUGUGUGAUAUUAGUCUGUGACGGUGUCGUGUUGUUGUCUGUGGUGGAACGCUUGGUUAUGUGAGCUGUUGUUUUAUCUGCAGAGUACUUGAAAGGUGUGUGAGCAAGCGCAGUUGCGAGCGAUUGUCGCUGUGCGUGGCUGCCGCUAGGGUGCCGUGAUUGGUGCGGAUUGGUGAUGAACCAUUCAGAUACUCUGUAGUUGCAUGGGUGUGCUUCCCCCUAUGGUACCUCACUGUGUAGUCAUCUAGCGAUAUGUAUAUCGUUAUCAAAAAAUUUUAAUCGGAGGCAUUGCGAAGAUUAGUGACUGCUAUUUUUCAGUGGCUUUCUUUUCUACCUUUUUUGCACUCGUUUUGUCUGUUCUUGUUGUGUUUACCCACUGCACCUAUUGUUUCUUCUAUCGUAUUUCUAUCUUUUUCGUUGUUGUUAUUCUUGCUUACCACUUCAGCUGUUGUGCGUAACAACUCGUUUUCCUUUUUUCUCUCCAAGCAGUCUUUUCCUUUUCCAAUAUUUCUCACCACUGUUACGUCAUUGGCUUCACCUCUUACUUGGCUUAUUUCUUGCAAGCUAUCAUUUGAUUUCGUUAUUGGCGGAAUAGGUGGUAUAAACAUUGGUAGAUGACUAGACACGUGUUAUCUCCCGGUUAUUGUGCAUUGUCUGGUGCGACAAAGGAUCCAACGCCUUACCGUUGGAAAAUGCCAACACGUGUGCGUAUAUAAAUUAAGCAUAUAUAUCAAGAGUGCAUAAUAGAGAUUAUAUAUUAUUCAUAAUCUCUAUUAUGCACUCUUGAUAUAUAUAUAUGGUAUUAUGACUUCGGCACUCCUGUUUAAACUAGCACAGCUACCCAGCACCGUUUUCAUUGAGUCACGGUAGUGGAUGGUAGACGAUAUAUAGCAUGACUAUAUGACCAGCUGCGACCUUAUUACGUGAGCGUCUGUGGUGCUGUGUUGUGCUAGCUGCUGUGUUUCCAUGCACGUCGGUCGUAGUGAGUGACUUUUGCGAAAGGAGCUAAACUUGUGAAUUUUGCUGGCUAUAUAGGCCUAUAUGCGAAGCUAGUAUUUCGUUUGCGGAUUUCUUUAUGCAGGUGUUAUUUUGGGUUGAGAUAUGAGGAUUAUGGCAGUGAUGUCGACUGCUAGUUGAAUCGGCCAUUGAAAAAUAAUUUUAGCUGACUUGAUACCGUCAGGUAUUCGUGUGAAACUUGGGCCCAGUUUUUAGUAGGUUUUUAUGAUGGCCUCACGAGAUUUGCGAUGCUGAACAAGUUUUUCCUUACCAUUGGAUAGAUGAAAUGGAGCACAAUGUGUUUGGAUAAUUAUAUAUAUUAAAAGUGUGUGUGUGUACGUGUGUAAUCUAUAUAGGUUAUAUAU